AAUGUGGCCUCGCAGAGCGUCCUCGUUUCUUCUCUUUGGCAAACAUCAGGCCUGAAAUAAGGAUCUGAAGGUCUAAAGGUCUGGAAUAAGGAAAAAAAUGCUGCAUCAUGAACACCAGCUGGACGCGAUGGACGGGGGGAUGAAGAACUCCAGAGACGAAGGAUGGAAAUGGAUGAUUGUUGCUGCUUCGUUCGUCACCAUGAUCUGCACUCGCUCCAUCACCAUGAGCAUGUCGAUCUUCUUUGUGGAGUUUCAGACGCAGUUCUCCACAGAUUUCUCCACAACAUCAUGGAUUAACUCCCUGCUGGACUUUACCACUAUGCUCUGUGCGCCUCUGGGUAGUUAUGUAGGAAACCGCCUGUCCACUAGAGUGGCGGUGAUAACCGGAGGACUUUUAUCUUCUGCUGGACUCGUCCUCAGUUCUUUUGCCCCCAGCCUGCAGUUCCUGUACGUAUCUCUGGGAAUUCUCACAGGUUUGGGAUUUGCCCUCAGUUACACACCAGCAGUAGCGAUGGUGGGCACCUAUUUCAAUGAGAGGAAGGCUUUGGCAUACGGAAUUGCCAUGUCUGGAAGAGGUAUUGGAACGUUCAUCCUUCCUCCUCUGGUUCAGCACCUCAUCGACCUGUACUCCUGGAGGGGGGCUCUUCUUACCUUAGGGGGUCUUGUUUCAAACUUGUGUGUCUGUGGGUCUCUUAUGAGGCCCUUAGUGGGCCAAAGUAUUGGUGAAAAGGAGAAUGUGAAACAGAUCCUGGAUGAACCUGAUGUUCAGGAGGAUGUAAAAACAGUCAAGUUUGCUGGUAUCGGUCAGAACGAGGAUACAUGCGAUAAAGAGCAAGAAGAAGAAAAGAGUCUGCUCAGAUCUCAGGGAGGACAAGCUAGCCAUGAUGGGGUAGGGGUGAAAGUGAAAGAGUCCAACAAAGAAGCGGUGAAGGACAAAGAGAAAGAACAUGAAGAACAUUCAGAAGACUUCAUGCUAACAGAUACCGAGAUGAUGGUAAAAGAUUCAAAGCAAGACACAAAGCUAGCGAAAUCAAAUCUUUCCAAGUCGAUGAUAGCUGAACUACAGAUAGCUGACUUGAAGCUGAAUGACUCAAAGCUAAUCAACUUAAUGCUAGCUGACACAAAGCAAACGGAUUCAAAAUUAGUCUGUUCAGUGCUAGGCAACUCAAAACUAGCUGACUUGGAUGUCCAAGCUGACUCGAAUUUAGCCAAGUCAAAGCUUUGUGUCUUAGGGCUACCUGACUCAAAGCUACUGGAGUUAAUGCUAGCUGACUCAAAACUAGCUGAGUCAGAGGUAACUGAUUCAAAACUAGCUGAGUCAGAGGUAACUGAUUCAAAACUAGCUGAGUCAGAGGUAUCUGAUUCAAAACUAGCUGACUCAAUGCUAAAUGACUUACACCUAGUCCAAUUGAUGCUAGCGACCCCAAAGCUAGCGACCCCAAAGCUACCCGGCUCACAGCUUCUCUGUGAGAUGGCGUCUUCUGAAGGUCCUGGUUUUCCGAUCACGCAGUCGAGAAAAAGGAGAGAACAGGAAUGCUGUCGCUUCCCUCCGUCAUCAGACAAAUACAGCUUCCUCUUUAAGCCUGACUUCCUGUUGCUGUCAGUAGCCUUCCUGUUCCUGGCAUUUGGCUGCAGUGUGCCCUUCGUGUACCUGGUGCCGUAUUCUCUCAGCGUGGACAUCAGCCAUCAUCAGGCCGUCCUGCUCAUGUCCAUCCUAGGGAUUAUGGGAAUUGUGGGUAAUAUCACUUUUGGAUGGAUCUCGGACAGGAAGUGUUUGAGGACAUUUCGCGUAGUCACAUUUCUGAUUGCAGUGGGAUUCGAGGGAUUCAUUUGCCUCUUUGUGCCCUUGUUAAGGACUUUUUCCACACUCGUGUCCUUCUCCAUUUUCUACGGCUUCUUCGACGGGGCCUACUUGGCUCUCAUCCCUGUGGUCACCUGUGACAUUGUAGGCUCCGCCCACCUGUCCACAGCUCUGGGUGUGGUUGGCUUAUUGCAUGCCAUUCCAUACCUCAUCAGCCCACCAGUAGCAGGUUGGCUGUUGGAUUGGUCAGGCUCUUACACAUCGCUCUUCCUCCUCAGUGGACUCUCACUCCUCUGUAGCACUUUCAUCUUGGCUGCUCUGGCAUUCCUGCGUCACUGCUAUAGGGGGCGCUCUGUCUCGCUGCAAAACCAGCCCCAAGCCUAACGUCACUCACACCACAGCAUCUCUAAAAGCACCUUUCCUGGUCCAUCUGUCCAUCCAGAUGAGCGUGUAAUAAUGAAGUUAAAGCCUUAUGAAUAUGUAUUUUAUAUGUGUUCACUGUCAUCGCUAAUUAGCUAGUUAGCAAGUAUGCUAUUAGCUAGGGACAAUAGCACUAUAGCAAUAGUGCAAUAGAGUAGCGCAGGGAUGACGUCAUUUUCUUCGCCAAAACCUGGAAACGAGUUAGCAUUGUAGCCUUCCGGUUCCAUCGUACCGAAGUCAGUGUGUUUUUUGAAUGGGAUUUUGGUUAAAAGCCUAAACUAAGGUCUGUGGGGAACACAAGCUCAGAAUAUUUUCGCGUUUUAUUCUACGACAUAAAAUACGCCAGUAAAACCCUGCUCGUGAUUUAUUAAAGCUUUUAGAUGCAUUGAAAAAGGCGGUUGCUAACAAGUUGCUAAGUGGGACUGUGGACGUUGUCGGGGACAUUAAACGUCAUCACGCCGAGCAGGAAAACAUCAUCCCCACUAGUCUGCGUUUACAGACACGUGUUCCUGCAGUGCGUCACUUUAUCGAUUUCUGGUAUUUUCCGAAUUGUAGUACAAUAAAUUCUAGUAUAACUAAUGAACUGUUUUAAUAGUUAAAAAAAACGAUCCGGAUGAGAUGCACGUACAAACGAAUGGGAUUUUCUCAAAAAUAAUGCAUCAUGGGCACAAGUUCGUUUAUCGCGUACGGCUAGCUGUUUAUUUCUGGAGAUUGUAUUUAGGCUUCAAACGUCAUAAACGUGGUUCAUUCGUGAAGAUCCUCUUGAUGGACAGAUCGUGUUAGUGUUGUAAACUUUUGUUGAUCACAGGGAUUAUUUUUUGCGAUAAUCCAAAAGCCUGUGUCAAAAUCCUACUGGGUUGUUGUCGAGGGAACCGGUGUGAUGCUAACUCUCGGGUUCCGGUACAAAAUGACGUCGUCCCUGCACCUCUCUAUAGUCAUGAGCUUUUAAUGAAGUUCUCCAUCCUAAACCCCAUUCUGUGACUCGAUGUUGAUGUUACUGUGACUUGAGAUAACUUGAGUUCUUCUGUCGAUGUAGGUAAAAGUACUAACUUAUUCAGGAUAACUGUUUAUGGUACUAUUAAAGCAGCCAUUUGUAAUUAA